AUGGCUACAUAUCUACAAGGGAUAAAGGCAAUUUCGGAUGAACUCUCAAUCAUUGAUCAUCCCCUUGAUGAAACUGAUCUUGUUAUUCACACUCUCAAUGGUUUGAGUGCUGAGUAUCGUGAAAUUUCCGUUGCACUUAGAAGCAGAGAAAGUCCUGUUGCAUUUGCUGAACUUCAUGAAAAACUGAUAGAUUUUGAAACAAUUCAUCAUCAAGCUGAUCCACUUGCAGUUGACAAUGUGAUUGCCACUGCCAAUGCAACCACAAGAACAAAAAACUUUCACCACAAAAACAACAAGAACCGCAGCCCUUCACCAACUUUGCGGAAUGGCAAAAAUAAGGUGGUCUGUGAGUUUUGUGACAAGGCUGGUCACACUGCUAAGGUUUGCUACAGAAUUAAGGGAUUUCCUAAACGAAACGGCCCUAAACCAACAACGAACUUUGCUCAGAAUCAGGCUGCAACACAACAUGAUCGGGCGAUUGUUGGUGAUGGAACAGAUUUGGAAAUUACUCACAUUGGUAACUCUGUUAUUAAUACUUCUGUCAAACCUCUUCAUCUUAAAUAA